GCUCUGGUGCGCCUGUCCAGUUCGAUAAGAUUCGGAUUGCUCGUCAACCAAAUCUGCCUACCUCCUAGUUUUGCAUACUUUAAACCUGGUCUACGCUGCACGGUUACUGGCUGGGGUCACACCUCUUGGAACGGAACAAUGUCACAUGUCUUAAGAGAGGGCUGGAUCGAUCUGGUAUCAAAACCCGUCUGCAAUUCAGAACGGUCAGUAGUCUCCCGAACCUAUUCGCUUCAAGCCGUCACGUUAUCGUCACGAGAUCGUUAUUUGGUCACUCUUAUUUUUAAAUCCGUGGACGAAAUCCUAUAGCGUGACCAUUUAAAUAAAACCUCUUCGGCAGAAAUUUUGGAUGGUAUUAUUAAUUUUUUAUUAUUUAUUUUUGCAUAGCAUUUUUUUAUUUUAUGAAGAGCCAGCUUGAUGGGACACAUUUCUAGGAAAUAUGGCAGGAAAAUUACGCAGUCAUUUUUCCAACCAUCUAACAAAUUGGUCCACAGAGCUGAUUUUCUUUAAAAUAAGGAAAUAACAAACGUCUCGGGUUGAGUUUACAGGCUUAACAGGCUUCGUGACCAGAAAAUUUAAAUGUCAUUUUUCAACGCUCAGGAGGGCAAAAAUGAACUGGUUAACCAAACCAUUAUUGGGCUUGAUCUGAUAUUGAACACUUUACACUUUUUAUGGGAAGUAAGUCAAUGCAUUAAUUGUGUCAGUAACAAAAUUCUCAUAUCUGAUUUGUUCUCAGCAAAUCCUUAUUUGCUGAUGCAGUACCAAAACUAUCUAAUUAUAUUUGACUUGUCCGAUUAGAAGCUGCUUGUAAUCGGACAAUUGAAUAGCCAAUAAAAAUCAAACAUCAAAUGUUACUAACCGAUAAGAUUUAACAAAUUAGUCCAUGCAAGCAAAUCAAAACCAGCGAAAAAACUUCGGUGACCCAGUUAUCCAGUUUCAGUUUAACACAUUCAAUUUGAAAAAAAAUGUAUUUAAAACAUGUUGAAAAAAUUUCACGCAGUUGGAACUCCAUAUUCCGAUGUUUUAACUUGGUGUAAUACGACUUUGUGUCGUACAAUUCAAAGUAAUCGGCCACGUGGUUUCAAAUCGUCUUCGCGCUACAAGCACACUCGCUCGGCCGAUUUGAAAUUACUAGCCCGAUUACUGCCUGAAUUGUACUUCACUCAGUCCUAUUUCCAUUACUAAUCAAAGAUAUUCCCUAAUUGUCAAUCAUUGUUUUCGAUAGCUCAUACAAUGGGACAAUAGGACCAAAUUUCCUAUGCGCCGGUUUCAAAGAAGGACGAACUGAUGCAUGCUCUUAUGACAGUGGAGGACCUCUGAACUGUCCAGAGCCAAACGGACGGUGGAUUCUUGCAGGCAUUGUCAGCUGGGGAGAAAGGUGUGCUUUGCCACACAAGUAUGGAGUGUACACGAAUGUUCACCGGUAUACUCCGUGGAUUACAGAAACCUUAAAAUUGGAUAGAUAA